UUUCAUUCUGUUCUGUCUUAGCUAGCUACCUACAACUAUACCAAAUGGACUGGUUUAUCAUCUGCUUAUUUAGUAGCAUUAAAACACUGCAUCAAUACAGGUACCUGCUGGUCACUAGUCAAAUAUAUAUUUUAUACUGUAGAAGCCAUAGAAUUCUGUAUUUGAGUACUAGAAUGGACAUGGCCAGUCUUAUGAUGGGAUAAAGGUCAGACAUUUUGGUCAGAGUUGGUCAACCCUGGUUUACCAGUGCUGCAAUAAGAUAUUGUGUAAAUAAUGCAUUUGAAUAAUUUAUCUGCACUCUUUGUUAGCUAGCUAGCCAGUCAGUUUCAGAGGAAUAAUUCCAUAACUUAAUGAAAUGAACUGCCAAGAUGCCAACAUUAAUCUUCAAACAAUACAGUGAGUCAAUAGGCAUUUUUCACGCCCCCAAAAGACCACUCCCUUCCACGCCGAGAAGUGUGCGACGACAUCCGGUUGUCUGUCGUCUUCUGCGAAAUUCAAACUUUGGAGUUUACCCAGUCACUGCCCAAGUUUGGCAUUAGUGAUUUGGCUAUCGUUCACGAACAUUCCCAGACGAAGAGAUCAGAACUUCAUAAAAAGGAUAGAAGUUCUUCCACAAAGAAUGUCUUCAACGAUCAAGGUAAGUUAGUACUUGAAGUGACCAGUUGAGAUAGAUAGCUAAGACGUUACCAAAUUGGUUAGUGCUAUCAUGAGUUACCUAACGUUACUUAAGAUUUGUCAGACUUUGUUAACGUUAAUAAGUUAGCUAGCUAUCUGACCAGCUACUGUAAUCUUAUUUGUUUCUCGCUAGCUAGAGCCAUCUCAGUAACGUUAAGAGUAGCAAUGGUAACUUACUUGCAUACAUCAAUUUAAGAUUUGUCACCUAACGUUCUUACAUGCUCUGCUCUUCUGAAUAUGCAUUGUGAAAUAUGGUAGACCAGGAGGGGGCAGUGGUAGUAUGGGCAAGGUGUCACAUGUGAAUGAGGAGCUCUAGUCACUGCAGGUUACGAGAGAUGAUAGGCAGUUUACCUGUAUUUUGUUAAAAAUAAUCCAACUCUGUAUCUGUUCACCGUAGGCAUAGUUACUGAUCUGAAGCAUCUGUUCACCGUAGGCAUAGUUCCUUUGUUACUGAUCUGAAGCUGGAUAACUAACAUGUCGUAUAGUCCACUUUUAUUACAGUUGGUCAGUUAUGUUUUUAAUGUUAGAAUUGAUGAGACGCAAACAUGAUCUUGCUGCUGCAGAUUAUCAAGAACAUUGUAUGAAUCCCCCCCCUCCCACACACACACACACGUUAUUUUAGAUUACAUUGCAAGCACCCAAGAAGCCUGUCGUCAUAAAUGGCUUAUCGAGCUGAGGGCGCUUUGUGCAAUAUGGUGGCUCUGCUCUUCCAGACUGCACAUUACACCACGUGUCAGCUCCAUUGCUUUGCACGGAGAACUGUAGUUGUGGCAUUGGCCCAAGGACUCGGAUGAGUUUUGACUGUGAGGAUUAUUCAUAUUGUCAUAGAGAACACCCAUUUAGCAUUUCUGUAAACUCAUAUUACUGCACAUAGUUAUAAAUUCAUCCUGAAUCUUUUUUAUGCAUUUAAAAAAAAAAAAUUGACCAGGGGAUUUGACCAGAGCCCAUGGGAUGAAAUGGUUCUGAGGAAGCCAAGGACAUCAGGCAGGAGUGGCAUAAAACCCACUCUUUACCAAGCAUUCCCUGUGAGUUAAACUGUCUUUUAAACAAGUUGGCGUCCCCAUUACGCUCACAAGUUGCUUUCCCUUGUGUUGAAAUUGCUUGAACUAAAGUUGUACAAUCUUGGUUGACACUCAUCCCUUGUCUGUUUCAGGGCCCCCCUUCCUGACAUUACUGUGUCUGCUGAACAAAGUUUGAGGAGCAUGUGACCACAGCCUGCCGUUGCCACGGUGCUGCAUGGACUCUAAUAAAUUACUCUGGGUGACUCUAGAUUUGGUCCAAUGCUCCAUGGGUCAGUGCUGUCAUGUCAUUGUCCCCCAACUGUCACCAGAGAUUCUAAAACACCCAGAUGCUCCUGUGUUCCUCCAGCUCUCAGUAAAAUCAAGUAACACCCCAGUGUAUGACCUGCUCAAGGCCGAGGGCCAGGCGCACCAACCCAACUUUACAUUCCGCGUGUCCGUGGGAGAGAUCAGCUGCACCGGCCAGGGGCCCAGCAAGAAGGCUGCCAAACACAAGGCAGCAGAGGCCGCCCUGAAGAUGAUGAAAGGAGGACUAGGGGGACCAGUGGUGCUGGGGGAAGGAUUGGGAGAAGGGUUUAUUGGGGCGGAAGAGCCUUUGGAUGGGGACAGUUCUCCGUCAGAGAUGAAGACUUCAGGAAGCGGCACGUCUCAGCAGUCAGAAUGCAACCCUGUGGGAGCUCUGCAGGAGCUGGUGGUUCAGAAAGGCUGGCGUCUGCCAGAGUACACCGUGACCCAGGAGUCGGGGCCUGCCCACCGCAAGGAGUUCACCAUGACAUGCCGGGUGGAGAGAUUUGUUGAAAUUGGCAGUGGCACAUCGAAGAAACUAGCCAAGCGGAAUGCCGCAGCUAAGAUGUUGUCCAGGAUCCACGAUGUUCCUGUAGACCUGAGGAGCAGCCACGAGACUGAGCCUGAGGACGACACUUUUAUCAUGAACAUGGGUGGGGGCAGGGUGGAGGCAGGGAAGUGUAAAGGUCUGGGCUGUACCUGGGACUCUCUGAGGAACUCUGCUGGGGAGAAGAUGCUGCAGCUAAGGAGCCACCCUCUGGGCAUGCCCAGCUCUGACUUCUGCUCUCUGCUACACGACCUCUCAGAGGAGCAGCGCUUUGACGUCAGCUACCUCGACAUAGAGGAGCGCAGUCUGAGCGGUCUGUGCCAGUGUCUGGUAGAGCUAUCCACUCAGCCAAUCACGGUGUGCCACGGCUUCGCACCCAAUCAGGACGGUGCCCGCGCCAGCGCAGCCCACAAUGCACUGCAAUACCUCAAAAUCAUGGCUGGGGGGAAGUGACCGUCUCCCAGACCAACCUCUCUCCAUGGCAACGACCUAGACCCUGAUCACGUGACACAUCCACCUCGAAGGGUAGAAGCAUCUUCCAACCAAUGGUGGUCAAGGGAAGUAACCAUUGAUUCAGAAUUACCCAUGAUGUGGGAAUUGGAAUUUGUCUGUCCCCCCACAGCCCUGUAGUUCUAUCUGGUCUGUUCAUUCCUAAAUGCCCCCUUGAAGAUAUCCCACAUAGCCCUAGAUAAUUUGUCCCUAUGCCUUGAAGAUAUCCCACAUAGCCCUAGAUAAUUUGUCCCUAUGCCUUGAAGAUAUCCCACAUAGUCCUCAAUGUCCUCUUGAUUGGCUACACCAUUUAUUUGGAUGGUCAGUCACCCACCUCCUCUGCUGUCACAGGCCUAGAGAUACUCUGCAGGGAAAGGGCGUUUUGACAACGACCCCCGUUUGACUGUAGCCUCAUUGACUGUUUUAUUUGUUGCCACAUCUACAAUGAUUGGCUUUGGUUGCCUUUUCAUUAGCUAGUAAGUACUUUGUCGUCAACCAAAAAUACCUCCCUCCCCCGUUGAAGAAGUCUUGGCCUGAAUGAAGUAUAAUUGUGGACAUUGAAAAGUGGACCUUUUAAUGACAUGAAUUCUUAAAUUAGAGACUUGUGUACUUUUAAUGCCAAGUUGACAAGAUCCAGCCCAUCUGUCUGUCUUGUCAUUUGUGUUAAGGAAUUGACUUUUUUUUUUUUAAGAAGAGUCAUCUGAUAACUGUUAAAAGGUGUACAUUUUUUAAUUGUGAUUGCUUAACAUCUGAAAUGCAAAAUGUUGAGUUUUGGAAUUACAUUUAAUAUUGUGUACUUUACCAUUGAUUUUCUUUGUUAGACUUCACAAAACCCUGUUUGAAAUUGUGAAUAGAUUACUGUGAUUGAAAAUUAGUAAUUUUAGAUGUUAAUUAAUAGCUGUUUUGAGUAGCUGGUUGCUCUCGUAAAACCGUGUCAAUGGCCCCUCAAUGAAUUGAUAAUAUCACUUCCCUUCAACUGUGGUUGUUCGUAAUGUCUGAAAUGGACCAUCUAAUUAGCCCGUGUGCCAGUCUGUUCAAGGUCUCUUACCCACUACUUAUGGAAUUGCAAUGUUAAUACAAUGACAAUAGAGUAGACCAAAAGCACAAACAGAUCUGGGACCAGGCUAGCAUCUAAUUUGAGAUGGAAUUGUAUCGCAGCAUUUAAUAUAGUAGAUCAUCUAAGUUGGAUUCUCUUGUACAACGGCUGACUAAUCUGCUCCUCUACUUCCUGUUACAUGCUAAUGGUAUAGGCUGAACUCAUGUUUACUCCCACCAGUUCAGAUAGCCAAGCCUUCAUGGUUUCAUAUGGGAGGUUGGUAUUGGUAGCGAGUGCCUGGCUGUAGUAGAGUGACUAUUGGUCGCUGCUACAUCUCAUGAUGAGUGAGAAACACAACGUAUCAUAUCUGAUUAGAUGGGUUAAAUGUGGAAGACCCAUUUCAGUUGUUCAACUGACUAGGUAUCCUCUCUUCCUCCUCUCUUCCUCCCCCUUUCCAAUGUUUGACAAUUGUGGGACGUGUUGCCCAAAUACAUAGUUGAACUGAAACGCGGUCCAUCACGGUUUUGAUUAGUUCCUUUUUUAAAUAAAACACUUGGUUUCAGUGCUAAUAAUGUU